CCAUGUGCCUGCCGGCAUGUUGCUCAAUACCAGUAUACCUUAAAAUACGAUGCAUCCCAAAUCAUUAGUAAUAACCAGCCUAAGGUCAAAAUGUCACCUACACCAUCUUUCUUUGGGACAACCACCCCUCUUAAAUGCCCAUGUAGCCUGACAACCGACCAUACUACAGUAUAUGGCAGUUGGUGCUGUCCAAUGGUAGUUCACCUGAGAUGAAUUCAGUCCCCAUGACAGUUUUAGGGGUGCCCCCCGCUAUUGUGUUGGCAACACUGUGUAAUCUCAUCUCCUGGACCGUGUUGGUUUAUCACACCAUUCGAAGAGCACAGUCAGUCUGUGGUGUUGAUGAUGUGUCUGAUAGUGUCUUGUCCGAGAGGCCACACUUGGUCACGACAUACACACGUACACCUAGAUCCUCAGAGAUAGUCAUAACAUGGUACAGAGAUCUCAGUGCUGUGGCCAUAGAGAGUGGACUGUCCGCUAUACAUAGUCACGCGAGCCUUUCUCAUGAAUGUAUGGCACUAGUCCUGAUGAGAAACUGUCCCAGAGUUCUGCUGUGCCUGGCUGCAGGACAACACUUUAGUUCUUUCCCUUUCCAUGUCACUAGAGAUUUAUUUGCCUUCAGGAUUUUUGUUUUCCUCAGUACUGGAUGAAAGAGGGAGAGGGGGAAGAGUAUUAAAAAAAAGGAAGGAGAGUGACAGAGCGGACAGGUAGGAGAGAGAUCCGAGGGCACAGUGGUGAUCCAUGUAGUGGAUGUCAAGUUCUGACUCCUUGUCGGUUUCCCCCCACAGGUACGCCUUACAUUUCCUGGUCCAGAGUGGCCUGACCUACAGUAUCAUGAUGUUUGCAGGGCUGGAGCACAUGCACAAGUUAUGCUUCAUAGUUGCUCUGGGUUACCUCAGCUUCUGUCAGAUAACCCGGGUCUAUGUCUUCGACUAUGGCAUGUACUCUGCAGACUUCACCGGGCCAAUGAUGGUCAUCACUCAGAAGAUCACCAGCUUGGCGUUUGAGAUACACGACGGCUUGGCGAGGAAGGAGGAACAGCUGACCCCCAGUCAGAGAUGCCUAGCUGUAAGGUAUGUGAUCCAGGUAUGUUUUACUCUCCCAGCUGGACUAGACAGUUCUACUGCCGUACUCAAAGCUAUGAGCUCGUUAUUAAAAUGCUUACUGGGGGAUGUUUAUUUUAUUCGAUUUGACAAUUUUAAAGCACAAUACAACCACACGUGGACACAAUGCAUUUAAAAUCACAGAGUGACACAAAUGUAUUUCCUUUUUGGUCCCCUUGUAAAUACAUCGAAACAAAAUAUAUACACCAGAUUAUAACAUUAAAACAGAUACGGUCACUGGGAAAGCUUUUGGUAGCCACUAGCCAGUA